CGGCGGCCCCGGAGCCCGGGGCAGCGGCGCCGGCGCCCGGCUGGAGCGGCCCCGCCGCGCCCGAGGCACCGGCCCUGGAGUCGCUGGCCAUCGGCCCCGGAGGCACCGGCCGGACACGAAGAUGAAAUCCUCUGACAUCGACCAAGAAUUGUUCACUGAAAGUUACUGCAAGGUGUGCAGUGCUCAGCUGAUCUCCGAGUCCCAGCGCGUGGCCCAUUACGAGAGUCGCAAGCAUGCCAGCAAAGUCCGCCUCUACUACAUGCUUCACCCCAUCGACGGAGGCUGCCCGGCCAAAAAGCUCCGCUCAGAAAAUGGCAGUGAUGGUGACUCAGUGGAUAAGAACAAAUGCUGCACACUAUGUAACAUGUCCUUUACCUCAGCAGUGGUGGCAGAAUCGCAUUACCAAGGGAAAAUCCACGCCAAAAGGUUAAAACUGUUGCUAGGGGAGCAACCAGCACUGAAGGCCACAGAAGCUGCCCUGGGCCCGCUGAAGCCGGCGCGCACGGACGGCGCCCCGGCGGUGCCGGCGCCGCCGCAGCGCAGGGACUCGGACAGGUACUGCCAGCUCUGCACGGCCUGGUUCAACAACCCCAUGAUGGCACAGCAGCACUACGACGGCAAGAAGCACAAGAAGAACGCGGCCAGGGCCGACCUCCUGGAGCAGCUGGGGAAGACCCUGGACCUGGGGGAGCUGCGAGGUCUGAAGCGCAGCUACACCUGCAGCAUCUGCAACGUCACCCUGAACUCCAUAGAGCAGUACCAUGCACACCUGAAGGGCUCCAAACACCAGACCAACCUGAAGAACCAAUAGUAGCUCGUCAGUGGAGAAGAGGACAAGCACUAAUGCUGCUUCUGUGGAGGGGAGCGGGUCAGCAGGAGAGGAGGCUUUCUUGGACAGUGAUCCUAUGUGGAUUCAAUAAUUAACAUGUAACUAACCUUUGCUUUGGACAAGUACAUGGAUUUUCUUUUUUUUUAAUUUUGUGGUGAGUUAAAAUAUUUCGAUGGAUUUUUUUACCCUUUCAAGACAAUAUUUAUUCAGCACAGAGUCUAGAGUAUGGUAACUAUCCUGUAAAUACAGCACUUACUCAUCAGUCAUCUUCAGGGACAGUGGAAACAAACUAUUUUACUUUUUCAUAUUUAUUCCUAGAUUUCUCCCAAGAGUAUAAGAUUAUUCUACUACAUUAUCCAUGAUAGUGAUGUAAUCAGUCUUCAAUCAGAAAUAAACACACUUUCUUCACCUUC